AUGCGCUCGUCGUUCGCCGUGCUCGCUGCAGUCCUCUUUGUUGCUCUGCCUUUCCAGGCAGCUGCAGUGAAACGUGAGGCGCCAUUGAACAAUGCCUACUUGCCACCGUCUACGCCGCAGCGACCUUCGUCCAAGUAUGGUGCUCCGCCCUCGAGCUCGUAUCUGCCACCAGCUUCCGGUCCAGCUGCACCACCAAACAACAAGCUUCCGGAUUCCAGCCCAUCUAUUCACAUGCAACGUCCUCUAGACUAUCUGCGCAGCCGACAGACAGCUCCAUCCUACUCGGGUUGGUCCCGUAUGCCACCGCUGCUGCGCCAUAGCAUACCAUUCUAUAUGGCGGCCUCAUCCAGUCUUUGGCGCCUUCGCGUCGCGCCUCCCCGUCGAAACUACAAAGUAAUGGACUCCGCCAUCAAGAACAUCACAGCCCCGACGCCCCUCUUCACUAUGAGUACACCAACAGAGCAGAUCUGCGCCUUUACACUAGCAGCUAUGGAAAAGCUUAUGGUGCACCCGCACCACACUCCUCCACUAACGAGCCACCCCAACACGUCCUGCUCCUUCCAGAGCUAUGGUGCUCCCGCACCCUCAUCCAACUACGGCCCACCAAAGCAGUCUGCGCCUUCCCAGAGCUAUGGUGCUCCCGCUCCCUCGUCCAAAUAUGGUGCCCCGAAAUUAUCGCCGCCAUCCACAAGCUAUGGUGCACCCUCUCGUCCAUCGUCCAGUUAUGGCGCGCCAAGCGUAAGCAGCUUUGUGCCUCUACCUUCGGCUCCUUCCACAAACUACGGAGCUCCAUCCAAGACUCAAACUUUGGGCAGCAGUGGCUACACCUCUGGUCCAGCUGCGCCACCUUCGUCCAGCUACGGAGCGCCUUCAUCCUCAUUUAAACCCAUCUCUUCCCACAGAGCACCAUCCUCAUCUUAUUCUGCACCAAGCCCUAGCUCCAACAGCGGCGGACCAUAUCCUUCAGCACCAUCAAGCUCUUACUCGGCUCCUAGCCCAAGUGCCAACAGUGGAGGAUCUUAUCCCUCGGCUCCAUCGAGCUCUUACUCCGCACCCAGUCCAUCAGCUAACAGUGGAGGACCUUAUGCCUUCAGCACCCAAGCUCAUUACUCCGCGCCCAGUCCAUCGUCUAACAGUGGAGGACCUUAUCCAUCAGCUCCUUCAAGCUCUUACUCGGCACCCAGUCCAUCAGCUAACAGUGGAGGACCAUAUGCUGCUGCUCCAUCAAGCUCUUACUCCGCACCCAGUCAAUCGGCUAAUAGUGGAGGGCCCUAUCCUUCAGCGCCCUCAAACUCUUACUCCGCACCCAGCCCUUCGGCUAACAGUGGAGGACCUUAUGCAGCUGCUCCAUCAAGCUCUUACUCCGCGCCCAGUCAAUCGUCUAACAGUGGAGGACCAUAUCCUUCAGCACCCUCAAGCUCUUACUCCGCACCCAGCCCAUCGGCUAACAGUGGAGGACCUUAUCCAUCCGCUCCCUCAAGCUCUUACUCCGCACCUAGCCAAUCGGCUAACAGUGGAGGACCCUAUCCUUCAGCACCCUCAAGCUCUUACUCCGCGCCUAGUCCAUCGGCUAACAGUGGAGGAUCUUAUGCUGCUGCUCCAUCGAACUCCUAUUCAGCUCCAAGUGUUUCAGGUCCAUCCAGCUCUUAUUCUGCCCCAAGUGCUUCAGCCAAUAGCGGUGGAAAUUAUCCCUCGGCGCCAUCAAGCUCCUACGGUGCCCCUUCAUCUGGUAGCUUCAGUUCCGGCUCUGGAGAUUCCGGAUAUGAAUACUCCGGACCCAGCCAGGUACCCGAGACUAUACAGCAAGGUUAUAGCUCCAAUGGUGGUUAUACCUAUCGCAGAAAGUGA